GAUAGGAAGUAAGAAUACUAGUGUGAAGUAAACCGCAGUUGCUGGAUUAAAUUGCUUUAGUUUGGUCGAUUUCGCAUCACGUCCAAAGAAAAUCAGAAAAAUGUCGAAGAGGAAUCCAGGAGACGAAUAUAGAAAAGGGUCAAGUGUGUACAGAGCAGAGGACUCCAGAGGAGAUGACAGGGGAAGGGAUCGUUCGCCACUUAGAUCAGAUGACCGUUGUGAAGAGGCUAAUUACAAUCAAAGUGAUGCAAAGAAACAGAAGCUGGCGUUUGGAUUUGGGAAGAAAAGUGGAACAGAACAAAAAAAGGGUAUUCAAAUAAAACUAGGUUCAACAUCGAAACCAACGGUUAAAGCAACACCAAUUCAAAGGCCAACUGUAGCAUCUGUGUUUAAUGCAGAUGAAGAAGAUGAACCUGAGGAAAUGCCAGCAGAAGCAAGAAUGAGGAUGAGAAAUAUUGGAAGAGAAACACCAACCUCUGCUGGACCAAAUUCAUUUGGUAAAACCAAGCAAGGGUUUUGUGAUUCCAAGAAAAUAUUUGAGAAAACGCUUAAAAAAGCAAUGGAGGAAGCAAAUAAAUGAUUCCUUGAUAAUUAUUGUUAAUUGUAUAUUAAUUUUACAAAAAAUGCAACAAUAGCGAGAUUCUUGCUACAGUUAUAUGCAAACUA